AGAAGCCGGUUGUUCAAAGCACUGAUCACGCGAUCACGCUCCAAUUAUGCAAUCAGUCUUGCACGUGAUGAAUGAACUUUCUCCUCACUUGCGACGCAAGCAUAAGUGUAAACAUUGAAACUUACGCGCUUAAGUGGGGACGGCAGUGACGUACUAAGCUUAAGGUAGCAUAAGCCUUCAAGAUUUUGAUAUUCUCAUGCCGUCCCAGUAGGGUCCACCAGCGCAUAAGCAAGUGAGGACCGCGCUUUGAGACAAAAAAAGGAGAAACAUUAACAAAUCUCCCUAAGAUGACCUAAGAAAAACUCAAGUACGUUAGCUUCUAGAAACAUGCAAUGUACCAAUGGCCUGUUUUUACUUUCCUGUUUCGUUGUAAACAGCUCCCUGGCCACUUUAACGAUACCGUAAAAAUGACAGUAAAAAGUACAAGCUGCCUCCACCUAAAGAAGGCUGAAGACAUAACAGAGACAGGACAACCAAGUCAGAGAAAACUGCGACAGCCAGACACUUGGUGGUCUUGGGUCGUGUGUGCGGCUGGAGUCACUUGUAACAUCAUCGUAAUUGGAUGCACGUAUUGCUUUGGUAUUAUUUUUCCUUCUCUUCUUGACGAGUUUAAGGCAGGAAAAUCCAAAACAGCGUGGGUUGGAUCUCUGGCAGUGGCAUCCGCUGGUCUUUUUGGUCCCGUAGCUGGACGACUCACCGACCGAUUUGGCGCACGCGCAGUGGUUAUUAGUGGAGCGGUGUUGAGCACCAUCGGUCUCCUAUUGACUUCUUUAGUUCCCAGUCUUUAUCUUAUGCUUUUGACUUACGGAGGAAUCUUUGGGUGUGGCUCAAGCCUCGUUUUCAUUGCCGUUUUCCAGAUCGUGCCUCGGUAUUUUGUGAAGCGACGUUCGUUAGCCACAGGGUUAGUAACUAUGAGUACGGGAGCUGGAUUACUUGUAAUGAGCCCAGUGUGCCAGGUUUUCAUUGAUGCAUUUGGCUGGAGAGGAGCCUUUAGAGGCAUGACUUGUAUCGUUUUCAUCAUUCCCUUCAUCGGCUGGGUAUUGGAUCCUAAUGUGGCAAGCGACCAAGCCGAAAGAAGUGUUCAAGAAAGUGAAGAGUCUAAAGCAGGGCAGAGAAGUCGAAUUCUGGAUUUGACAAUGUGGAAAAAUAUUACCUUUGUCGUCCUGAAUAUAACAUACGUUUUUGUAUACAUUAGUCACUCCAUACCUCCUGUCCUUCUCGCCCGGUACUGUGAGGAUCGUGGUAUCGCCGCUGACUUGGUAACCUGGCUUUAUUCGUCCAUUGGACUGGCAAGUCUCGUGGCCAGGAUAUUGGGUUCCAAGCUUUGUGACGUCAUGAGUCCUCCAAGAGUGUUCCUCAUAUUUGCGACAGUCGAUACAGUGGCGACCAUAAUGUUGCCCUUAGCAACCAACUGGAUGUGGCUUCUUUGUUAUUGCAUAGUUUAUGGCCUUACAGAUGGCGUGAUAGCGAUUGCAAAUAUUCUUUCAAUCUUGCAAACCCUGACACAGAAACAAAAAGCCCAGGGAUUUGGCUUUCAACAGUUUUGUAUUAGUACAGCUUUCUUGUGUGGCCCACCAAUUGGAGGUUUGGUUGCCGACAAGACCAAGUCGUAUCUUGCAACUUUCUUUUCUGCGGGUGGCAUUGAGACUAUUGGACUGUUGAUUUUACUCAUGUUUAUUUGUCUUAAGAGAGGCGAUUUAACAGAGAGAAAAUUCCAAAACGAGUCAGAAAAAUCUUCUUUUACUGAACUGCUCGUCAUAGACAGGGAAACUGUUUUGUAAAUAUGUAUCAAAAAUUAACUGUAAUUACAUUGCGGCGCCUUUACUUCAUGGCAAGGCCCUGCAAUUGUAUCUCCAAAAUAUUAGUGCGAUAAAAUACUAGCAUAGUUUGAUAAAUUCUUCCUAGGAAAAUGAAAUUAUGACUUGUGCAUUAAAUAAUUUGAAAUGUACAGUAAAUAGUUUUUACCAGGAUCCAUAAUCGAUCGAUUAUGGCGCCUGUUUUUACCAGAAACUUUUAUCGACUGCACUUUACCUCAUUUUAGUUAGUCUCAAGGAGACGUGUAGCCAGGUUUAUAAGACGCGCGGAACAUGUUGAAGGGACAUGAAGCGGGGCCAUGUAGCAGUGACAAUUCUCUCAGCGUGAAAUGCGAACUUCUGGUGCAGUGACAAAAUUUGGUCCCCUUAACUUGUUGCGUGAAAUUCAGUCGGUUUGAAUUCGUGGGUAAUGAAGUGGGGGGAAAACGACCUUAACUUCUAUGUCGCAUCGAUUGCACUACUUUUGCAAAAUGUCUUUGCUAUACAACACAAUCUUAUGCCUCAAUUCCCUUUGUGUGCAGAAGCUUGCGUACUGUCCCUGCAACAUGCAUCCUACAGGUACACUGAAAAGGGCAUGUCCCUGCUUCACCUCCCAGAAACAUGACUCCCGUUGUGUGCCGACCUUUUCCAAACUCCCAAAAUUGUCAGCCCUGGAGUCCAGCUCAGUGCAGCUUGUAAUUGAUACGAACAAAUAAGUUAUGUUACUCGGCGUGUAAUCUAAAUUUGUAAAGCAUUUAUAUCAAGAAAAAGUCAGAUCAAAAUUCGUUGCCAUGUCAACUUUUAAAGAGAUCAAAGCUACCCUAUGAAACUGUUUGAAGGUUUUUCCUGUUUAGACAUUUUUCUAAUCAUUACGACACAAGAGAAUUAUAUUGUUGUUUCAUCCUUUCUGCGAAAGAAUUCUACUUAUUUGAAAAAAUUAUGCACUAAGUGACGUAGACAUCAGCUGGCAAAUGUUAACUUAUUUUAACAAUUUUUUCACCCGUUUUCUUAUGUUACGUUUGCAUAGUUUUUAUCUGUGCAAUGUAUAUGCAUUUUUAUACUCUUACACAUUCUUAGAUAUUUUAUAGUAGUUAUAUAUUCUCAACCAAUUGCACAUACAUGCUUACUUCGAUAUUUUGUUUCCUUGGCGCAGCUGUAAACUAGCUGGUGCAUCCUGUAGAUUCUACUUAUCAAGUCUAUGGGACGCACCGUUACCAUAGCUACGUAAAUAUUAGCAUUACCUGGUAAAUAUUAGCAAUAGAUCAUUUACUGGCUGGGAUUUCCGUUCAGCGUCUAGCUUGCUAAAAACUGAUUUAAAACACUAUCCCUAGCUGGAAAAAAACGUGA